AUUUUAUUGUUUGUUUGUUUGUUUGUUGUGCAGGGAGUUAUGAAGGCAAUAAAUGUGAACAAGCUGACAUCUGUUGGGUGUAGAGUGAAAAUAUGGAUUGCAGAUUGGUUUGCCCAGCUAAACAAUAAGAUGGGAGGUGACUUGAAGAAAAUUGAGGUUGUUGGGCGCUACCUCAUUGAGAUUUGGAAGGCCGUCGGGAUGGAUAUUGAUGGAGGGAAGGUGGAGUUUUUGUGGUCCUCGAAGGAGAUAAACUCGAGAGCUCACGAGUACUGGCCUCUUGUGAUGGAUAUAGCACGAAGGAAUACGGUUUCAAGGAUAAAAAGGUGUGGUCAAAUUAUGGGUCGAAGUGAAGAGGAAGAGUUGACUGCAGCACAAAUUUUCUACCCAUGCAUGCAAUGUGCUGAUGUGUUUUUCUUGAAGGCCGACAUUUGCCAACUGGGAAUGGAUCAGCGAAAAGUGAAUGUACUUGCAAGAGAGUACUGUGAUGACAUCAAGAGGAAAAACAAGCCUAUUAUUUUGUCACACCACAUGUUACCUGGUUUACAACAAGGUCAGGAGAAGAUGUCGAAAAGUGAUCCACUAUCUUCCAUUUUUAUGGAAGAUGACGAGGCUGAAGUGAAUUUGAAGAUUAAGAGAGCAUACUGUCCUCCAGAUAUUGUGGAAGGGAAUCCAUGCUUGGAGUAUGUGAAGUACCUCAUUUUACCUUGGUUUAAAAAGUUUGUAAUAGAGCGCAGUGUAGAGAACGGUGGUGAUAAGAGCUUCGAAAAUUUUGAAGAAUUGGUUGCUUACUAUGAAAGUGGAAAGCUACAUCCAGCUGAUCUUAAACCAGCCUUGGCAAAGGCUUUGAAUAAGAUACUAGAGCCUGUAAGAGAACACUUCAAGAAUGACAAUGAUGCAAAAGAUCUUUUGAAAAGGGUUAAGGCUUACAGAGUCACAAGGUAACGUGGAACACAGCCGUCAACAUUUUGCUCCUUCCAAAUUGGUGGAUUAAAGUUCUUGAUGCAUCAACAAAGGGGAAUCGGUGUAUAAAUUCGUGUCUCAGAUUAAAUGAGGAGAUGAAGGGCGUAGACAGUCUAGCUACACAGCUAAAACUCCUGAGGAGAAAUGUAGAUGCUUGAGACUCUGCUGUGAACAAGCUCCUCCGUCUUCCAUGAAGUUUUAGCUGCUUGGAUCAGUCUUUACAUCAAUUGCAUAAUCAUGAUCCUUUACCUCCUCUCUAUAAAUGUAUGAUUAUUUUGUUUGGGAAUUAGAAAUUGAUUUUUUGAUAAUACAGAAACAAUUUUCCUU